UUCGCUUUCUCUUCGAUAUCCUCGCACUAAGUGGUUCUAAAAAAUCGUGGAAAAUUACAUGAAAACAAUUUUAUUCAGAGCAAAUGCAAUCUCAAAUAUGGAGGACGAAUCAGUAGUGUAGGCACAUAAGAGGAAGCAAAGUGAUGCUGUUCGAUUAUGACCAUCGAUAAACCGCAUGAUAAGAGAUAACACUCGCUGCUAUUUGGCGCAGUUGUUCGAUUGCCUAUCCUUUCCGAAGCAAGAGCGUUUAUCUUUGUCAACAGUAGUGAAAAGAAUUACGUACACGAGUGGAAGGCGGAAAUGGAAGAAGCUCGAAAUCGAUUCGGAGAUGUUGUCCAGACCGUACAGGUCGAUGUUAGCGAUAAGUAAAAUGUACUAUAGACAAACGGACUGAACGGCGACUGCUUAAGCUUAAAGGAUAAAGACUAAAACAGUGUUCAUAGCUUAAUCAUCUGUGUUUCUUCGUACGUUUCAAAUCAACCUGUUACGGCUCGGAUCUAGUCCAACAUCAGUAUGGCCUCCGAAAGUGGAUUGCGCGUCGUACGGCAGUACUCAGACGAAGGUCGCAAUAUUGCUAUGAGAGCCAUAAACGAUGCAAAUGUCGAAGCCAGUAGUGCGAUGAGAAAUACAUGGGCUAAUAUCUUAGAACUGAUCCAAAGACUGAAAAACACUGCCAGGGAAGUAGCUGACCCGUCAAUAAUCUACGAACAGUUGCAGAUACUUUUCCGGGAUGAGAUUUCGCUUAAUAAUGCUUUCUUCGUAAUGGUCGGCCUUGGAUUUGGCACCACCGGAGGUGUCCUGCUGGGAUUCUGGCUGGCAAGACCACAUCUAGCUAUGCCCAUCAUGAAAUCAAUCGCAUGCACCUCAUUCCGGGAUCCUGAUAACGUGGCAGUUUGCAACACCGGAGUUCCUCAAUUUGAGUCUUCCAGCGACAUACUGGUGCGAGUCCGAGCAGCAGCACUGAACCGAAUAGACCGGCGAAUAGCAUUCGGCUAUGGGAGAACGUUAAGAAGAAUGAUAAAACACUACGAUUCCAAUUGCAACCCGGAAUUGCCCCUGGUGCUGGGUCGGUCCUGUGCUGGUAUAGUGGAAGCCGUUGGGAAGGCGUCCAAGAGUGGGCUCGAGAUAGGCGACGAAGUAUGGUUGGCUGCACCCUGGUACGAAUCGGGAACUGCUUCGGAAUUGGUUGUGGUUCCAGAGACCCGAAUAUCACGAAAGCCAUUCCUUAUCGGAUUUGAAGGUGCUGCUAGUUUACCGUACAGCGGUUGUAUAGCAUUGAGUCUGAUGGAUGCACAUGGCCUAUCGGAACACACAUCCAAGGGCAAGCGGGUGCUGGUUCAGGAUGCAUGCUCUCCGGUGGGCUGCGUGAUUACGCAACUGGCUAAUAAGUGGGGUGCAAACGUUGCCGUAACAUGCCACACGAGAUCGGCUCCAGUCAUUCACGAGCUAGGUGCUUCCGACAUCAUCGCCUUCGCGAACGAGCACUUCCGCUCGAAUUUCAUCGACGUGAACGUGGAGAAAUCGAAUCUGAUCAACGAGCUAAGCCCACGGGAAAAGUUCGACUUCAUCUUCCUCACCACCAGGAUCGCGUACGAUCACAAAUUUCUGGACAAAUUCCUAACCAAACGCGGCAUCAUCGUCGACGCCGUCGAACCGGAGCUGGCCUCGGACGAGUAUGGCCCGCUGAUGAGGGUGCUGCUAGGGUUGAUGGUCAAAUUCCGGAAGGCGGCAGCCGUUAUUUUCCGAACCCACCCCGACUGGGGUGGUCCUCACCUUUGCCAUCUGGUGCUGGAACGGUUGGCCGGAUUCGUGAAUGACGAAACGCUCAAAACUGUUGUCGAUAGGGUUUACACUCCGAACGAGGUUGAACGAGCGCUGGAUCACAUCUGUAGCGAGAAAAGUAUUGGUAGUACGAUCAUUACCUUCCGAUAGGGAUAAGCAGCCGACUCUGACGCGUGGGAACAAUACUACAAUCGUAUAGUAACAA